GUCAAAAUAGAAGAAAAAAUAAGUUUGAUGGGAGAAAAGUCCAAGUUCAACACAAAAAGAAAACGGCAGCAGUAAAAAUUUUGUGCAGAAAAUUACGUGCAUAUCGGUGGAUAUUUUUCCGUUUCUGUGAGUUUCGGGACAACUUUCCGAUGUUUGUGUAGUGUUUUGUAACUAGACAGGAAUUCGGUGAUUAGGAUUUUAGCUGCGUCCCGAAGAAAUUCGCAAUUACGUGUUUGUGUCUCUUCUCAGUCUUCAAUUUCGUCGACGACGAAAGAGUUUCCCUUUGGAUCCUAUUUGCAAGGAAUUGAAAAGCUAUAGCGAAAGUUCGCAUCAACAGGAACCCGAAAAUUGUAGAAUCGAUAGUCUGCGCCGCGACAACAGAAGGAAGAAAGGACAAAGUGUAGAAAUCGCGGUAUGGCAAAAGAUAACAACAAUAUCAACAUAGCGGACGAACUUUCCUCCUCUAGUGGUGGAAGCAAUAAAGCUUCGUCUUCUUCGGCUGAUGCCCUGAAACAGCAAGGCAACACUAGCAGACCAGCGACCACGACAACGGAUCAACAACCGUUGAAUUACGGUGGCAGAGCAGGAGGAGGGGGAGGAGGGAGAACUAAUGGAGUGCUGCUGGGAUCACAAUCAGCAGAUGGCGGAAGCGGUGGGGAUUUGCAGCAGCAGCAGACGACUACGACGAUAAACUUCCAAAGAUCGACGACCGGUUCCAGCGGCGGACCAGCAGACUCGGAAACUGGAGCAAUUCCAGAGCUACCACGUCGAGAGGAGAAUCCUUUCUCGUUCAAACAUUUUUUGAAACGAGAUUCAUCACUAGGUUCCGCGUCGGCUUCGUCCAGUGGAGUCACGUCGAACGGUACCAUCAUCAACCACAGUCGCAGCACUUCAAAUAUUAAUGGAAAUAAUCACAAUCUAGGCAGCUCUAGUUUUAACUCCCUUAACAAUAGUAACAACCUGAUCAACAACAACAACAUGGCCACCGGCAGCAGUAUUCUGAGCAGCACGGGAAUCUGCAAUGCGUCCGCAUCGCCAUCGAAAUCGGCCACGACCAGUUCCUUGCACAACACCAGCACAACCGGGGCGAAACCGAAAAUUCCUCAGUUCCAAUCGGUGAACACGUUGAGCAGUGAGUCUAAAAUGAAACGAUCGCCACGGUUUCCGUCCUUCGACUCGCAGUCCAGCUUAUCGGAUCUGGCCGAUGAUAAGUUCAUGAGCAACAUCUACCACAGUCGGAGCAAUAAUUCGUUCAAUUCGGACUAUCCUCUCGGGGGAGGUGGUUCCACUUCUGGUGGGUCACAAUAUGUGCAACGUUCGUAUUCUAACUACGACAUGGAAAGUCCAGGAUCGGCCGAUUCUCCCAGGUUAGCUGGGUCACAAAAUUUGCACAAUUCGCCAAAUUUCGGCGGGAGAAGUCGUGAAAACCUUGCCUCGACCCAUAGAUUAGGAACUUCAGAGUUUUCGGCCGCUCUGCCGGAUUUCGUGCAAGAUCAUUUGGUCAUGGAACAGUGGUACACUUUGGGUGGUUCACCAAAGAGUGUCUCGCCGGUUUCCGUGGACUUUGAUCAACUUCCAGAUUUCACCGUCAACAACCUAGAUGCGGAAGCAGGCGGUCGCGGUCAUGGUCCCAUCAUCAACGAUAUGCCAUUUGAUUUGACCUAUAACUCGGCACCUGCGGGAGGCGCCAAUCCUGCCUCAGGUGCUAAUCUCAAUUCAUCGAACCGAAACCGCACACCCCUGCGAAACACUUCACCUAAUGUUCCUUUGGACCUUCCACCGCAAAAUCUCGAUUUCUCAUUCGAUCUCCCAAGAAGGCGGGUCACUCCGCCGCCGGAGCUUCCUCCGGAUCUCACCGAUAACAACACCUCCGGGCCCCGGUCCGGAUUCUACUUUUCCGACAUGGAUCGGAAUCAUUCGCCACCUGCUUCGGGAUCGGCUGCCGAUAAAAUCCACCGCCUACCGGAUUUUCUAUCCGAUGGCCCUAUCCAUUCGUCCGGUCGGCUAGCGGACGUAACGCACGAUACGCCGCACUUCAACUCGCCAGAUGCCGAUGCCAGUCACCAUCAGCAGCGGUUGCAAAUCGAACGGCAGGAAAACGACCGGCUGAGGCGCGAAGUCGAGGACAAUCGGCGGAUCAUCGCUGAGCAGGCACGGAGGAUAAAGGAUCUGGAGAAGACGGUGGAAACGGCCAAGAGUAACGCUAGCUUGGCGCAAACCGUGGAGGGUUUCGAAGGGAACCUAGACAAGAGCUAUUUGAGAGCAACCACUGCCGAAACCCAAGUGAUAAAGCUGAGACAGAAGAUUAAGAGAUUAAAUGCGGAAAUUGAAACCCUCCGACAGGAGAACGACAUCCUUAAGGAGGAAGGUGCGGUCGGAGGAACUGGCGCGGGCGUCAGUGAUGGUGCAUGCGGAGGAGGUGCUCCCAGUGGAGUGGCAGGUAGCAGGGGCUUCAGCGCGGCGCGGCAUAAUUCUCGUCGCCCGUUUUCGCGCGCCCAAGAGCUUUCCCACGAGCUGCGACAGGCCGCAGCGUCGGCCGAAAGUAAUCUAAGGCAACUGUUGACCGGUGUGGACAACUUGAGAAUGAUGGCUAGUACAAUCGAAAAUAUCGAGCGUAUCGAUAUUACCCAUCCGGACGAUUUCCUCUCGGAUAGCGAUGACAACGAUCUCCUAGGACCGGCACUGUAAACAGCAAAAUGGUGGCGCAGCAUCUGAGUAAGUCCCCCUCUCUUCGUUUUCGUCGUAGUCAUUUUUCAAUUGUCCCUUGCCGAACACGAAAUUCUGAAUGACUCUUAUCCUGUGAUGUAUCAAGUUUUGUUUAGUUAUCGGUUUUUAUGAUUAUAUCGUCUGAUGGUAUCGACGGAUAUGAAGGCGGCAACAUGUGCAAAAGUCUAUCCGCUCGAUUCGUGUGACAAAAAGUCAAACUCAGGCGCGGAAAAUGAACAUAGUUUUAUGAAACUGCAGCUGCGUUCUACUAAUUUAUAGAUAUUAGGAUGCACAUGUUUAGAGUUAGCAGAAACGACAGAAAUGCCAACAGAGUGAAAAACAGUUAGUUUUGCAAUAUAAUUGUGAGUCCAAUUUUGUUUCAUAGCUAGAAUGUAUGAAAAUACGAAAAGGUAAAACUCAAAAAAUAUAAAUUAGCUUGCAGCAAACAAAUUAGGAAAACAAGGAACGCGCACAGCCAUAGGGAGAGAAGAUCAAGCUGAAGAAUCUUAACCGCUUCACCGGAUGUCUUUCCAUUUGCAUCACAUGCUCUAGUGGGGCCAGCUAGCUGAAUGAAGAAAAAGAAAACCCUACAGUAAAAGGUGGUCUGACGGUAGUGACAAGACUGACCGAUCGAGAGUAACGUUAUGAAAGCAACAGUAAAAUAUUUGAAUUGAGCUUUGAAAAUUUUUACCGUAACCGCAGAUCACAAAACAUAGAUACAUUUUUACAAAAACAUACAGAUAGACACACAGCAAAUGUGUUGAAACGAUAGACGAGUAAAGUACACUAUACCAACAGCAGCAACAUUCGCGCACCCUCUCUAGAAGCAUAUGUAUAACAGCAACCACUCAUAAACUCUAUAUAGCUAUAUAUUGUAAAUUAUGAAUGCCUACUCGUUGUCUAGGUUUUACGCAGAAUAAGGACAGGACAUGUAAAAAAGAAAAUCAAAGCUAUUAAUAAUGAUCUUUGUCGAACAAAAUUCAA